GGCGGCGGCGGCGGGAGCCCGGGCUGCCGAGGUGGGCGGAGGGAGGCGGCGGCUCGCGGAGACGCAGAGCGGCAGCGGCAGCAUGUCGGCCGGCGGAGCGCCAGUCCCGCCGCCCCCGAACCCCGCCGUGUCCUUCCCGGCGCCCCGGAUCACUCUGCCCGCCGGUCCGGACAUCCUGCGGACCUACUCGGGUGCCUUCGUCUGCCUGGAGAUUCUGUUCGGGGGCCUCGUCUGGAUCUUGGUUGCCUCCUCCAACGUUCCUCUACCUCUGCUGCAAGGAUGGGUCAUGUUCGUGUCCGUGACGGCUUUUCUCUUUUCCCUCCUCUUCCUGGGCCUGUUCCUGUCUGGCAUGGUGACUCAGAUUGAUGCCAACUGGAACUUCCUGGAUUUUGCAUACCAUUUUACAGUGUUCGUCUUCUACUUCGGAGCCUUUCUCCUGGAAGCAGCAGCCACAUCCGUGCAUGACCUGCGCUGCAACACGACCAUGACGGUGCAGCCGCUCUUGAGCGAUAACCAGUAUAACAUAAACGUAGCAGCCACAAUUUUUGCCUUUGUGACAACAGCUUGUUAUGGUUGCAGUUUGGGUCUGGCUUUACGAAGAUGGCGACCGUAACACUCCUUAGAAACUAACGGUCUGUGUUGGUUUCAUUUGUCUAUUUUAUAUGUCUGAUCAAUUUGGAUACCAUUUUGUCCAGAGAGAACAACAUUCCAAAAGUAAUCUGUUUAGUAUGUGGAGAGAAUCUAAAUAACAAGUUUUGGUUCAUUUCGUGGAUGGAAUUUUAAUGUUAUUAUGAUGUUAAACAGAGAAAUGACCUUUAAUUUUACAUCUGUCUCUUU